GCAGCCCUGCCCAGCCCAGCCCACCGCCUUCGCAUUGCAGACAACUCGGCACGACGCGGUGACAGCGCAGUGGGAAAGGUGGAAGAAGGCACAAAAAGGAGAGAAUCCAUCCCGGCAAAGUUUCAGGUUUCAUCGAGGCGAAUCCUGCCCUCAACUCAACCAGUCAGAUGGGAAUUGCUCGCAUCGCGAUGCACCGCUCACUCCCUCACCUUACUUACGCAACGCGCAACUCCACCAUGCCGGCCAUGUAUGUGUCUCUGCCCAAAGGUUUGAAUCAGUCCUGCAGAGACCAGGUACUUGCGACACUUAGUCCAACUAAAUCCCCUGGGCGCUCGCCCUGCCGUGGUUGGUCCCUACCAUGCUUCGUAAUAAUACGGGUCAAGUCAUCGCCCUCACGAACUCCAUCCCCUCCCGAUUUCCCUUUUCCCCCCUUCUCCCUCUCUUCAUGUGCGACGCGGCAGUUGGCGCGACGAGGCAGGAAAAACACAUGUCUACGGAGGCUGCGGCUCGAGGUCCACCGCCCGUCCAGUGCACACCCUAUGCGGCGCCAUCCCACCCACCCAUUAUCCAACUUUUCCACUCUCAACACCAGCCUGGCCAGGUACAUGGACUGGCUUGUGCUAAUUCGCCGAGAGGUUGUUGCCCGUCUCUUGACUAAGGUCAGAAACAAAACUAGAGGCAGCCGUUUCUCCCAAUGUAGCCUCCUGCAUAUGCACUGACAGGCCUAAUAAGCAAGACCCC